AUGUCCAACAGCAGCUCCAUCACCCAGUUCCUCCUCCUGGCAUUUGCAGACACACGGGAGCUGCAGCUCUUGCACUUCUGGCUCUUCCUGGGCAUCUACCUGGCUGCCCUCCUGGGCAACGGCCUCAUCAUCACUGCCAUCGCCUGUGACCACCGCCUCCACACCCCCAUGCACUUCUUCCUCCUCAACCUCUCUGCUCUUGACCUUGGCUCUCUCUCAACCACUUUCCCCAAAGCCAUGGCCAAUUCUCUGUGGGACACCAGGGACAUCUCCUAUUCGGGAUGUGCUGCCCAGCUCUUUCUCUUCGUCUUUCUGUUUGGCCUUUUGAUGUCAGCAGAGUAUUGUCUUCUCACCAUCAUGGCCUACGACCGCUACGUUGCCAUCUGCAAACCCCUGCACUACGGGACCCUCCUGGGCAGCAGAGCUUGUGUCCACAUGGCAGCAGCUGCCUGGGGCUAUGGGUUUCUCAGCACUGUCCUGCACACGGCCAGUACAUUUUCACUGCCCCUCUGCCAGGGCAACGUCCUGGACCAGUUCUUCUGUGAAAUCCCCCAGAUCCUCAAGCUCUCCUGCUCACACUCCUACCUCAGGGAAGUCGGGCUUCUUGUGAUUACUGCCUUUUUUGUUUUCGGGUGCUUUGUUUUCAUUGUGGUGUCCUAUGUGCAGAUCUUCAGGGCCAUCUUCAGGGCCGUGUUGAGGAUCCCCUCUGAGCAGGGACGGCACAAAGCCUUCUCCACGUGCCUCCCUCACCUGGCCGUGGUCUCCCUGUUUGUCAGCACUGCAGUGUUUGCCUACUUGAAGCCCCCCUCCAUCUCCUCCCCUCUUCUAGACAUGGUGGUGACUGUUCUGUACUCAGUGGUGCCUCCAGCACUGAACCCCUUCAUCUACAGCAUGAGGAACCACGAGCUCAAGGACGCCGUUAGGAAUCUGAUUUCAUGGAUAUUUGGAAAUCGUUGCUCUGGAGUUGGACCAUUCGGGUACAACUUCACCCCUGUGUCUGCCCCACGUCCCCCCUAUAGCCCCUAUGCACACUCCAUGGCCUCCAUGGCCCCUAUAGGUCUCCGCUAUAAACCCUAUGCCCCCUAUAGGUUCCCCCGCCCAAUUAACCCCGGAGACCUGCCUGGGCGGGGCCUUGUGCAUGUUAAUGAGCCCUCUGGUCCCCCCUACACCCCCUCCAUGAUGGCUAUAAGUGCCCCUAUAGCCCCUAUGGCUCCUAUAGGUCCCCCCUAUAGCCCCUAUGCUCACUCCAUGGCCUCCAUGGCCCCUAUAGGUCCCCCCUACACCCCCUCCAUGAUGGCUAUAAGUGCCCCUAUGGCUCAUAUAGGUCCCCCCUAUAGCCCCUAUGCACACUCCAUGGCCUCCAUGGCCCCUCUGGGUCCCCCCUAUACUCCCUAUGGCCCCUAUAGGUCCCCCAUAUAG